AUGGAAGAACAAACCUCCUUGGAAGAAUUUUCAAUACCAAUCCAUGUUAAUACAUUUGCCUUUCCCAAUGAGCAUCAAUUACAAUUGGUCCACGAAGUCUAUCGACCAUCGGAGAAGGUUAAGAAAUUUGAAAGGCAUCGCAGCACCUAUCCCGAACUGUUUAUUGAAAAAUACAAUUUGGGAACAUUGGCAGACCUUGCGGUACGUUCUUUGGCUAGGGCAUAUGGUCCUGAUCCUCUACCCAUAAUUGCUGAAGAUCCUUUGAAAAUAACGGUACAUUAUGAUGCGUUGGAUGUGAAUCUGCCCUUAAAACAAUGCUAUCACAUCACUAAUGAGAGGUUUUGGAAGAGAGUGGUCUUGAGUAAACAUCCGGAUAAGAGUUUGGCGCUACAGCCCCAUGUGAAUUGGAAAAAUGUAGGAGUUUCCUUGAAACUACAGGAAAUGGUGGAAGCUUGUCCUGCAGAAUAUUGGCCGGAGGAGGAAAUGAGGGAGUUAUUACAGAUGAUUCAGGAAUUUGUCCACAAACUCCACAUUAAACGUUUACAGUCUUUGAUGGAAAGGUCUUUUGAGAAAUAUUAUCGACCGCAAGUCGAUACUUCGUCAGAAGAAGAUGAUGAGACUAACGAAGAGGUUACUGAUUCAACUGUUCCCACCUCAGAAGAAGAGGAGGACGAGGCGGAAGCCGCAAAUGAGUUAUUCUCCUUUAAGACAGAAUCCCAAAUAGCUUUGGCUGAACACUUGGCCGAAGAAAAAGCCAAACGUAAAAUGGCACGACAAAUUCUUCGACAAGAUAAAGCCAAUGCUCGUCGGGAGAGAGAAGAACGUCGGGCAAAACGUGAAGCGAGACGCCUUGAGAAGGAACAACCUCCAGAGAAACCUAAAAAGAAGAAAAAGAAACAACCGAAUAGUGUCUUUGAGAUAGAAAUUUCCGAAAGUGAAGAUGAUGGGGAGAAGUAUAUUUUGGAUCGUCGAAAUUUGGAGCUCUAUUUAAAUCAUCUUCGAGGCUACAGCUAUCCACCGGAACAUUGUCAUCACAUAGAUCUUAGUUUUGUACAACAUUUGAAGAGUUUAACAGAGUUUACCAUCGAGUUUUUGGGGCCUCUUCAGGGUAGACAAUAUCAUCACAGGCAUUUCAAUUUUUCCCAUGAUGAUAUCAAGAGGUUGGCUCAUGGCAUAUCAUUCCUAUCUCCAUUAAAAAUAUUUCGUUUGCGCAACAGCCGAAUGGAUUCCGAAAAACUUUUAACCCUGAUACGAGGCUUAAAAGAUUUACCCCACUUGGAAACGGUGGACUUUGGCUGUGAUCAGCUAAUGGAUGAUUGUGGCAAUGCUCUGUAUGAGCUCUUCGAAAAUACCACAAGUUUGCGAAAUUUAGAAUUGGAAUCGAAUCAAUUGUGUGAAGAAACGCUAAGGACAUUGGGAGAAUCUAUAAACCACUACAGCCAAGGAACUUUAGAAUAUUUGGGUUUAGCACGAAAUCCCAUAACGGAUGUGGCUCUGCAUGCCUUGAUUUCCAAUAUUGUCGAUACCUCACAUAUCUCUUCGUUGAAUUUAAAGGGUGUGACUUAUUUAACAGACGAUGGGUUUAUUUGUUGUGUGGCCCAUGAAUUAUUGAGGGAACAUCCGGUUUUAAUUUCUUUGGAUAUUACAGCUAUUCCCCUUAGCCAAAAAGCUGCGGAUCAGUUGAUGAUAUCAGAAAAUUAG